AAUGUCUUCCUCUUCCAGUUGGAAACCCACCUUCCCUGAGUGCAUCUGAGUCCACAACCAGCACAAGCCCCUUGCCCCUGAAGUCCGGGCUCUUGGCACUGCCGCACUGUAACGGACCAUGGCGGGUCGAGGUGGAGCUGCUCGACCGAAUGGACCGGCUGCUGGAAACAAAAUUUGUCAAUUUAAACUUGUCCUCUUGGGGGAGUCGGCAGUGGGGAAAUCCAGCCUCGUCCUGCGGUUUGUCAAGGGCCAGUUUCACGAGUACCAGGAAAGCACAAUCGGAGCUGCCUUCCUAACGCAGACCGUCUGUCUGGAUGACACGACGGUGAAGUUUGAGAUCUGGGAUACAGCGGGACAAGAAAGAUACCACAGCUUGGCCCCGAUGUAUUACAGGGGUGCCCAGGCAGCCAUUGUCGUCUACGACAUCACCAACACGGACACGUUUGUACGGGCCAAGAACUGGGUGAAGGAGCUGCAGAGGCAGGCCAGCCCCAACAUCGUAAUUGCAUUAGCAGGCAACAAGGCCGACCUUGCGAGCAAGAGAGCCGUGGAUUUCCAGGAAGCCCAGACGUAUGCGGACGACAACAGCUUGCUGUUCAUGGAGACCUCGGCGAAGACGGCGAUGAAUGUGAAUGAAAUCUUUAUGGCAAUAGCCAAGAAGCUGCCGAAAAACGAACCCCAAAACGCGGCCGGCGCUCAGGGCAGGAAUCGGGGCGUGGACCUGCAAGAGACCAGCCAACCCAGCCGAAGCCAGUGCUGCAGCAACUGAGCCGCCGUUCCCACCUGACCGAAGCCCUUCCAAUGACCUGGCUGGAAUCCACUCGACCCAAUCGCACUUACGGUAGAGCAGCUGGCCAUUACGGCUGCCGUGAUUUCUCCAUCUCCUUCUGAUCCUAGGCUGGAGGGAGCUAGUCCACCUGCACCUUUCUGUACAAAUACUAAUUCCAUUUUAAGUCUUAAGUCACUUUUUUAAUAUAUGAACUGCUCUUCCCUCUUCCUGGCGGUGGAUCCGUGGGCUGGGCUCUUCCCGCCUUUGCUAGGCGAGGGCUAGAGCCAAACGCCUCCCACAAGCUUCUCGUUCACUAUUGGAAACAAGGGUCCUUCGUCCCGUAGCUGGGCUCUUGUUUCGGAGCGAUCCACACGAACAAGCCACGGCUCAUUCAGUGCCACAUGCCUAGAACAACCACUAAACACAACCACAGCAUUAGAAUGCCAUUCAGCUCCGGCGUCCGAGCUCUGGCUUGACCAAAUCACAAUGAUGAGUAUUUUGGGGUGAGGGUGAGGGGGGGCAGAGGGGAGCAAAACUGGUUUCUUCUGUAUUUUGUAUUGUACGUUUCUUCAACAUGUAACCAAUCAGUAUCUUGUCAAUAUAGUACAUACCAACUAGCCUUCUGUCGUCCUUCUCUUGGUGUUGGACUUUAGCAUGCCAACUCUUUUCUAGCUCUUCAGUUCUGGUGUAAUGCACUAAUAAUCCUCUUGCAAUUUUUU